UUUUCUUCCAGAGACAAGAGCACGUUGAGCCGGCUUUGCGGCAGCCUUUCCUAGGCUGCCUUGUGAUCAUGUCUACCAAGAAGAACAGAAAACGGCUGAAUCAAAGCGCAGACAAUGCUUCAACCUCGCCCUCUUCUGCUUCCUCUUUUUUGGGGCCCUCGGCAUCUUCUGCUGGGCCAGGAGCGGCGGCAACGGCCGGGAUUCUGGUUGUGACCAACUUCUUAGAAAAGGAUGACAAAGUUCCUAAAACAUUCCAGAAUUCCCUCGUUCAGCUUGGACUCAACACUAUGAAAUCUGCAAAUAUAUGUAUAGGUCGACCAGUGUUGCUUACCAGUUUGGAUGGAAAACAAGAGGUCUAUACGGCCUGGCCUGUGGCAGGAUUUCCUGGAGGCAAGGUUGGCCUGAGUGAAAUGGCACAAAAGAAUGUGGGUGUGAGGGUUGGUGAUGCCAUCCAAGUCCAGCCUCUGUUGGGUGCUGUGCUACAGGCUGAGGAAAUGGACCUGGCACUCAGUGACAAAAAUGUGGACAUUAAUGAAGAACAACUGGCCGGUUGUCUUCUGAGAAAGCUAGAUGGCAAGAUUGUUUUACCAGGCAACUUUCUGUAUUGUACAUUUUACGGACGACCAUGCAGACUGCAAGUGUUGCGAGUGAAAGGGACAGAUGGCAUGAUAUUGAGAAGGCCUCAGAAUGACUCUGACACUGAUGCCCAGGGAAUGGCCUAUGAACAGUCCAACAUAGAAACCAGUACCCUGGAUGUAUCCCUACAGCUAAGCCAGUUAGAUCUGGAAGAGCCUCGAGACCCAACAUCAACCAGUACUCCCUGCAAACCAGUAGAUGACAAAAUGUUAGAUAAAACUAGUGACAUUUUGUCAGAUGUUACACAGAGUCCUGGGAGCAGCAGUGGACUUGGACUAGGGGAAGUCACAGGACUUAAGUGUAGUUUUAAUUCAGCCAGAGGAGAAAAUGAGCAACUUGUCAAUGAAGAGAGAUUGCUAAAGUCAGCAUGUGUGGGAACAAAGUGCAACACUGAUAUUUUUUAUUUUAUAUCUUCAACAACAAGAGUCAAUUUUGCAAAGAUUCGUACAAAUUCAAAAGUGCAAGAGGACCACUUCAAAGUAACUUAUGGCAUGAUAGGAGGCUUAAGUAGUCAGCUGAAAGCGAUUAGAGAGAUGAUCGAAUUGCCUCUCAAACAGCCUGAACUUUUCAAGAGUUACGGAAUUCCCCCUCCUAGAGGAGUGUUACUCUAUGGCCCGCCAGGUACUGGAAAGACAAUGAUUGCCAGGGCGAUUGCUAAUGAAGUCGGAGCCUAUGUUUCUGUAAUUAAUGGUCCUGAAAUUAUAAGCAAGUUCUAUGGGGAGACAGAAGCAAGGUUACGUCAGAUAUUUGCUGAAGCCACUCUGCGGCACCCAUCAAUUAUUUUUAUUGAUGAGCUGGAUGCACUUUGUCCUAAAAGAGAAGGGGCUCAGAAUGAAGUGGAAAAGAGAGUGGUAGCAUCACUGUUAACAUUGAUGGAUGGUAUUGGUUCAGAAGGAAGUGAAGGACAAGUGUUGGUCCUUGGGGCCACAAAUCGCCCUCAUGCCUUAGAUGCUGCACUUCGAAGACCUGGACGAUUUGAUAAAGAGAUUGAGAUUGGAGUUCCUAAUGCUGCAGAUCGGCUAGAUAUUCUCCAGAAACUGCUUCAAAGGGUACCCCAUUUGCUCACUGAAUCUGAACUGUUACAGCUGGCAAAUGGUGCUCAUGGGUACGUUGGAGCAGACUUGAAAGCCUUGUGUAAUGAAGCAGGUCUCCAUGCCUUACGGAGAGUCCUGAAGAAACAGCCUAAUCUCUCUGAUAGCAAGAUGGCUGGGCUGGUGAAGAUUACUCUGAAUGAUUUCUUAGAGGGGAUGAAUGACAUCAGGCCCAGUGCGAUGAGGGAAGUAGCAAUUGAUGUACCAAAUGUAUCAUGGUCAGAUAUAGGAGGACUGGAAAAUAUCAAGCUGAAAUUGAAACAGGCUGUGGAGUGGCCCUUGAAACACCCAGAGUCUUUCAUUCGAAUGGGUAUUCAGCCACCUAAAGGUGUUCUUCUGUAUGGACCACCUGGAUGCUCUAAAACAAUGAUUGCAAAAGCUUUGGCCAAUGAGAGUGGCCUGAAUUUUCUAGCUAUAAAGGGGCCUGAAUUAAUGAAUAAAUAUGUUGGUGAAUCUGAAAGAGCAGUUAGAGAGAUCUUCCGAAAAGCGAGAGCAGUGGCCCCGUCCAUUAUUUUCUUUGAUGAACUUGAUGCCUUAGCAGUUGAAAGGGGCAGUUCUUCAGGUGCUGGGAAUGUAGCUGACCGUGUUCUGGCUCAGCUCUUAACGGAAAUGGAUGGCGUUGAACAGUUAAAGGACGUGACAAUUUUGGCAGCUACUAACCGCCCAGAUAGGAUAGACAAGGCUUUGAUGCGACCUGGAAGAAUUGAUAGAAUCAUCUAUGUGCCUUUACCAGAUGCAGCAACAAGAAGGGAAAUAUUUAACCUCCAGUUUCACUCUAUGCCAAUCAGUAAUGAUGUGGAUCUGGAUGAACUCAUCCUCCAAACAGAUACAUAUUCAGGAGCAGAGGUUAUAGCUGUCUGUAGGGAGGCAGCCCUUCUAGCUCUGGAAGAAGACAUUCAAGCUAACUGCAUUACGAGAAGACAUUUUACUCAAGCCUUGAGCACUGUGACACCUAGAAUUCCUAAAUCACUGAGACGUUUCUAUGAGGAGUAUCAAGAGAAGAGUGGGCUACAUUCACUCUGACGAAGGAUACAUAUUCAGUGUGCUAAAAAUGCUUUCUAGGCAAAACUUGUUUCUCUUUUAAAAAUUUGUCUUGGGCGCCUGGGUAACUCAGUCUGUUAAGCAUCUGCCUUCGGCUCAGUUCCUGAACCCUGGGUCCUGGGAUCAGAGUCCAACACUGGGCUUCUCUGUCUCUCUCUGUCUCUCUCUCUCUCUCUCUCUCUCUGUCUCUCAUGAGUAAAUAAAUAAAAUUAAAAAAAAAAAAUUUGUCUUGAGAGUGUCCAAAAAAAUCCUUCAUAAGCAAAGUGUCUAAAAUAUGUUGACUGGAAUUGAGAGGCUUCAGUGUUUAAAGACAUUUUAAAUGAAAUGGAUACAGUAAAACUAUCCAUAAAAAUCUCUGGACACGAGUUUAAAUCAGUUUUAUCUGGAAAUUGUGCUGAUAUUUAAAAAGCAAACUUUAGCUUUUUUGGUUUUGAGCUAGUUUAUUCCUCCCAUGAAAUGCUUUCCUAACUCCAGAAUCUGUUUCAGUCUAUUCCUGAAUGGCCAGCCUGUGAACAUAAGUUUUAUACAAGAAAUACAAGAUACAUGUCGAUUAGUCCAUAGUGAGAAAGAUUUACAGAUCUUUAUUUUUAAAGGCCAGCCAGUGAAAUAGCCAAAUGCACCAGCCAGGUUUAUAUGGUCUUGUUUCCAGGUAUGUUUUUGUUCUUAUUAUAAUUUACACCUACAUUUUUGCUUUGGCCUUCUUAAUCUGUACUAAUGGCAAUUAAAAAAAAAUUAAGAGUUAUUUCAUGUAAUGCCCUUGCAAAUUUAAAAAAAUAGGAAUUAUAAUCCCAGUCCAGGCCUAGAGCAAUAGACCUGUUUUGUUUCAUACAACACUAUAGAUAAAUUGUAUGUUCAUGUGUUAAUUUGCACCCAUUUUCAGGUUACCAAUAAACUUUUUCAGUUCAAAGAUAAACGAAAUUGUACUCUUAACCAUAUUGUCUUAUGCUGCAUUUGAAAUAUGUAUAUUUGUGCUCCUAAUUAUUUAUCUUCAGAA